AUGAACGCCUCGACAAAGUUUGGCGGGGGCAGAAAGCCGACGGGAACGCCGUCAAUGGCCUGGUCUUGCGCCGUCGUGAUCGUCUCCCUCUUGGCCGGCGCCUCCAUCGUCCACAACGUCUACAAGCCUAACUUGGUCUCUCUCUCGCUCUCGCUCUCGCCAGCGCUCGUCUUCUUUCGGCGAAAUGGUGAUGUAGUCUCUUACCCUCUUUCCGCUGUCUUCUGCUCUCCAGACGUUGCCCCCGGUUGAGAGCGCGGACAAGGAAAACGAGGGGCACCAAGGGUGA